CCUUUUCCUAGAUAAUGGGGGCAUCGAACGACAACCUUAAACUCUUCAAUCCAACCCACCGACACUUGGAGCCACGCUGUGGCGUCGCCAUUUCAUUCCCACCCGACAGAAAACGAGGAGAAACUCAGACACAGAUCCGAGAAAGAGAAAAAGAGAGAUGAGGCAGUUUUGUAGCAGAAUAAAUAAUCUGUACGUUACCAUUUUCGCUUCCUCGUCUCUGCUACUCCUUUUUGCCCUGAUUGCGCAGCAGAACAUUGAUGAUGGCGGUGGUUUGUUUCAUCUUCCGUCCUCCUCGUGGUGGCCGUCGUGGACGCCGUCGUUCUCCACCGUCGUCUCUCCCUUCGCUCUCAUCCGUACUCAACCUCGGCCACACCCCAACACUGCUUUUUAUCCCACUUUCAAUAAUGUGAGAAUGCAAAAGGGCAGUGCCGUGGCGAAAAUGCAAAAUGCAGUGGCGAAAAUGGUAGAAGAAUUGAAGGUGGAAAGUGAGUUGAGAAGAGGCAAAGAGAAGGAUAAGAAAUUGGAGAGGAUUGAAACUGAACUCUCUAGAGCUAGAGCUCUCAUAAAAGAUGCUAUUGUUAAUGGCAACAAUGGAUCGGACGUUGUACAAGACGAGGAUGAUAAUUUUGUUCUUGGUGGGGACAUAUAUAGGAAUGCAUAUGCUUUCCAAAGGAGUUAUUCACUAAUGGAAAGUAUAUUCAAGAUAUAUGUUUAUGAGGAGGGUGAGCCUCCAUUGUUUCACUUAGGCCCUUGCAAGGACAUAUACUCCCUGGAAGGGGUCUUCCUCAAUCAAAUAGAACGCAAAAGUACUCGAUUCCGAACUCACAACCCUGACGAAGCUCAUGCAUUCUUCCUCCCUUUCAGCGUCGUCAUGAUUAUCGAACAGCUUUUCGAUCCAAUUGUUCGAGACAAAGCUGUAUUGGAGCGAGUGAUUGGUGAUUAUGUUCGUAUCAUCUCCACUAAAUAUGCUUUUUGGAAUAGAAGCCUUGCUGCUGAUCACUUCAUGCUUUCUUGCCAUGACUGGGGUCCACGUUCAACUUGGUAUGUGCAUGGCUUGUACUUCUCUGCAAUUCGUGCCUUGUGCAAUGCGAAUACAUCGGAGUUUUUCAAUCCCAAGAAAGAUGUUCCCAUUCCGGAGAUCAAUCUGAAGAAUGGAGGUAUUAUCGGAGCAAUUGGAGGACUACCUUACUCAGAACGAACAAUCUUAGCAUUCUUCGCAGGUGGGCUGCACGGGCGCAUAAGGCCUGCUCUCUUUCGACACUGGAGAGGAAAAGACGAAGACAUUAAAGUGUACGAGAAGGUGCCGGAGGGAACAUCGUACGAGGAGAUGGUGGGGAAGAGCAAGUUUUGCCUGUGUCCCAGCGGAUUUGAGGUUGCCAGUCCGAGAAUCGUGGAGGCGAUCUACGCCGAGUGCGUUCCCGUUUUGAUCUCGCAGCAUUACAUCUUGCCGUUCAGCGACGUCCUCGAUUGGGACAAAUUCUCGAUCUCGGUUUCCGUUGAGGAGCUGCCGGAGUUGAAGAACAUCUUGUUGGGAGUAUCCCAAGACAGGUAUGCAGCGAUGCGGGAAAACGUUAGGCAAGCUAGACGGCAUUUUGUUGUGAAUGAUGCUCCCAAGAGAUACGAUGUUUUUCACAUGAUUGUUCAUUCUGUUUGGUUGAGGAGAUUGAAUGUAAGAAUAUAUGGCUAGCUAGCUUUUAUGGCACUAGCUAGAAUUUACAAUGUCCAUAUGUAUGUAUAAUUACAUUGUCUCUUUUCUUUU